AACCUUCUUACGUUUGUUCUCUCGGCGACUGCUCUUGUCUCGGCGGGCGUCAUCGAACGUCGUGGGGGGUCGGUCACAAUGUUGACCAAGGCAUCCCAGCGUCAUCCCGAUGGCGCCGUUUACUUCAUCACGAAUGAGCCUCAGGGAAACAUGAUUAUCACGGCUAGCAUCAACUCUGACGGCAACUUGAGGCUCGACCGUGCUGUCUCAGCAGGCGGACGUGGCCUGCACGGUGUCACUGCGAACGGGAACACGGGCACCGACGGCCUGUUCUCGCAGGGCUCUAUCCAGGUUUCCGCCAAGGCCGGCGUCCUCGCCACCGUGAAUGCCGGCUCGGACACCGUAUCCCUCUUCAAGAUCGACCCGCGCAAGCCGACGAACAUCACCCCGCUUGGCGACCCCGUGUCCUCCGAGGGCGAGUUCCCCUCCUCGGUCGCCUUCAACGCCGACGGCAGCCGCCUCUGCGUGUUGAACGGUGGUGCAAUCAACGGCGUCAACUGCUACACCGUCGACAAAGAGCUCGGGCUCGUCCAGAUCCCGAACUCGCUCCGCUACCUCGGCUUCAACCAGACCACGCCCGCAAACGGCCCGCCCGGCUCUGUCAGCCAGAUCGCGUUCAGCGAGGACGGCAGCAAGCUGCUCGCGUCCUUCAAGGGCACGGCCACCGCCCCGGGCUACCUCGCGUCGUGGGACGUGCAGGCGGACGGCUCGCUCUCCGCGCAGAACGGCCAGGUCGCGCUCGCGCAGGGCGGCAUGGUCGCGUUCUCGCUCACCCCGAUCCCGAAGCAGAACGCGUUCUUCGUCGCGGACCCGGGCGUCGGGUACGCAGUCGUGGACCUGAGCGGGAAGGGGCGCAGCUCGUCGGUCGCGAUCACGGGGCAGAUGGCGACGUGCUGGUCGGCGUAUAGCGCGAAGACGGGCAACUACUAUGCGAUUGACGUUGCGGGGAACGCGAUCCGCGAGGUUGCGCUUGAUGGGAACCUGAAGGGCAGCGUCGUUGCGUCGUACACCGUGCCUGCGGGCACCUCCCCCAUUGACAGCGAGACUGCGACCAUCCGGGGCAAGGACUACCUCUACGUUCUCGGCGCGAACGCGACCACCGUCGAGGUGUUCGCACUCAACGGUCCCGCCAAGGCGCAGCUCGUCUCUAGCGUGAAUGUCAGUGGACCUGCCCACACUGCAGGUGUCCCUAUCCAGGGAUCCAACCUGCAGGGUAUGGCGACAUACGUGAGCCCCUGGUAAGGUGGUAGUGCCCCUCUUCCUGAACGCGUGUAGUGAACUUGAGAUCGUACGGACUUCUUGUGUACCUGCUUUUUAACUGUAUCGCAAC